AUGACCGACAUCAUUACUCCCCGUUCGCUGUCGCUCGAGGAUCAGCAACGAUUCGACCGCUUUAGUUAUGGUCCACGUCAGCCAUCCCCUUUCAGCUGCAUUCACCAUGCCUUUGAGUACCACGCUACCGUACAACCCGACGCAAUUGCAGUGGAGCAUCUUGGCGACUCUAUCACUUAUGCCGAGUUGGAUCGUCAGGCGAACAUUCUCGCCAACCAUCUCCGGUCCUCCGGGGUUCGCCCAGGAGUCCGCGUCUGCCUAUUGGUCCAACGGGGUAUCCUCAUGGUCGUCGGCAUAGUUGCAGUGCUGAAGGCUGGCGCCGCAUACGUACCGAUGGACGGUACCAUCGUCACGCAGUCGACCCUGGAGCACGUCUUGAAGGACUCCGAGGCUAAGCUGGUGCUGACGUUGAAGAACUACGUGCACCGCGUGUCCGGUACUCCAACGUUCUGUUUGGAGAACAUUGCGGAGUUGCCGCAGGUCGUUUCAAAGCCUCAGGAUCUGAGCGCCUCGACGGAUAGCAUUUAUAUCAUCUACACUUCGGGUACUACUGGCAAACCAAAGGGCGUCGAAGUCAUGCACGGUAACGUCACCAAUCUGGUAUGUCUCGCCCCGGGAAACAUCGAGAUGCGCCCCGGGCGCAGGGUAUCGCAGCUUUUGAACGUGGCGUUUGACAUGGCCGCAUGGGAGAUACUCGGAAGCCUCAGCAAUGGAUGCACGCUUUGUGUUCGCGGCAAAUCCUCAAAGGAAUGGCGCGCGGUCAUGAAGACUGUGGACAUUGUCAUUGCAACGCCAAGCAUGUUGGCUCCCCAUGACCCCGCCGACUACCCCAAUAUCAAGGUCGUCGCGACAGCAGGAGAGCCAUGCCCAUUACCUCUUGCAGAAAAAUGGAGUAGAGCAGCUCACUAUUACAACAGUUGUGGUCCCACGGAAGUUACGAUCGUAAACACCGUCCGUUUGCACACGCCUGGAACGCCCUUGUCCAUCGGUGCGCCCGUACCCAACACGAAUGUCUACAUCCUAGACGAGGACGCGAACCCUGUGCCAAUCGGCGAGCCAGGUGUCAUGUGGGCCGGAGGAGCAUGCGUGAGUAAGGGCUAUCUACACCUGCCGGAGAAAACGUCCGAGCGUUACAGACGUGAUCCAUUCACCAACAAUGGGAGCUACAUGUUCAACACCGGAGACCUGGGCCGGUGGCGCGAUAAUGGAGAACUCGAGCACCUGGGACGUGUGGAUGACCAAGUCAAGGUCAAGGGCUUCCGUGUUGAGUUGGAUGGAGUCUCCGCAGCGAUGCAGACCUGCACAUCAGUCAAACACGCCACCGCGCUACUCAUCGAGAACGAGCUUUGGGGAUUCGUGACCCCGGAAACUGUUAAAAGCGAAGCCGUCAGCGCCGCAGCUUCGCUCAUCCAGCCUUACUACGCCGUUCCGACGCAAUACAUCGCCAUGGACGACUUCCCUUACACCAGCAACGGGAAGAUUGACAAGCGCGCUCUCCGGCAAAUGGCACUUGACAAGAUCACCCGGGCUCAGGCUGAGAAGGAGCAAGCCGCCCUUGCAGCGAAGGCAAACUUAUACAGCCCCUCUCUACACUCCGGCAAGCUUCUGGCAGACGCCCUCUCCUCUUUGCCGCAGCCAGUCCCCGUAUACCAAAAGGACGGCAAAGGCACUCGUGAUGCAGUCCUCCAAGAAAAGACGGAAUCCACUAGUUUCAGUUCCAGUUCCACGAUUGCGGCUGACCCGGAGAAGAGUGAGAUCUCUUCCGCCCACGAGGCUGGUAAUGCCUGGGACGGUUACGAGAACGACGAGCUUCCCGACAAAACCCAGGGUCACUAUGUACGCAACUUGCGCCACCAGAUCUUCUCAUUGUACCGCAGACUCUUCGGCAUCGUCUUCAUCACCAAUCUGGCGGUGUUCAUCGCGACGCUCGUGAAGGGUAGCGUGAAUGCUCAGCAUCUUGGCCUCGUCGUCGUCGCGAACCUGUUCUGCGUGAUCCUCAUGCGCCAGGACUACGUGAUCAACGCGUUCUUCACGGUGGCGUGUUCGGUGCCUAACACCUGGCCCUUAGCAAUACGCCGAGUCGUCGGCAGAGUCUACCACAUAGGAGGUUUCCACUCUGGUUGCGCUAUCAGCGGCCUUGUCUGGCUCAUCCUCUUCACCGCGCAGGCUACGAAGGAGGUGCUCAAUAGGGAGCAGACGUCCAUCGCUACGCUUGCGAUUACCUAUUUCAUCCUCGUCCUUUUGAUCGGUAUCGUGCUCUUCGCAUACCCGAAAGUCCGCAGCACGCAUCACGAUGCUUUCGAGCGCUCUCAUCGUUUCCUGGGGUGGACUGCCACGGCCUUGGUUUGGUGUCAGGUUAUCCUUUUGACAAACGAUUAUCGCUCUCCCGAAGAAAACCUGGGUCACGCACUCGUCCAUGCGCCGCCUUUCUGGCUUGUUACAGUUAUGACGUGCUCGAUCAUUCUCCCCUGGCUGAGGUUGCGGAAGGUUCCUGUCCGUGCAGAAGUUUUGUCCAAGCACGCGGUCAGACUAUACUUCGAUUACGUGACGCCUCGCCCUGGCCAUUUCACCCGCAUCUCCAAGAGUCCCCUCAUGGAAUGGCAUGGCUUCGCUACCAUUUCCGAGCCAGGGAAGACUGGUUACUCGCUUGUCGUAUCACGUGCUGGAGACUGGACGAGCAAGAUGAUUGAGCAACCUCCUAAGGAGCUCUGGGUCCGUGGCGUUCCCUGCUAUGGCGUGCUCAGAAUCACCCCGCUCUUCCGCCGCGUCGUCUUCGUGGCUACGGGAAGCGGUAUCGGUCCCUGUGCGCCUUGUAUCCUAGAGCAGCGCGUGCCUAUUCGGCUUCUCUGGACGUCCCCUAAUGUCCGGCAGACGUUCGGCGAUAAGUUCGUGGACCAAAUACUCUCCGCGUCCCCUGGGGCUGUCGUUUAUGACACGCGGACGCACGGCAAGCCGGAUAUGGUAAAGCUCACGUACCGCAUGGUCAAGGAGUUCAAUGCAGAAGCCGUGUGCAUCAUCUCGAAUCAAAAGCUGACGCGAAAGGUUGUGUACGGUAUGACCAGUAGAGGUAUUCCUGCGUUUGGAGCUAUCUGGGACUCAUGA